CGCAUGAGAUUUGGAGUCUGCGGAUGAUGUCAUCCAUAAAAUUUACUUGCUGAGGCCUUAGGUACAUUUCUAAUAGGAAGUCCGAUAGGAAGGUUACGGAGCAGAAUUUAGCUAGUCGUUCUCGUCAAGAUGCCUCUGCAGACGACAGUUAUCGGGAGUUACCCCAAGCCGGAGAGUGUUCCUGUCCCGGACUGGUUCAGGGCCAGGCCCGGGGUGAGGACUGGUCAGGAGGGGUACUCCGCACAGGAAUAUAACGACUUCAGAAGGGACGUAGCUUCAGAGGAAGAUCUAGAGAAGCAGAUCACACGCGCGAUCCGGGAGGUGAUCCAGGAACAGAUCGACAUCGGGAUCGACGUGAUCACAGACGGCGAGCUGCGGAGAGAGAACUACAUUCUCUACUUUUGCCGUCAGCUGAACGGGUUUGAUUUUGAUAACCUGGUGAAGGAGACAUUUCGGAACGGCGCGUGGUCGGGGUAUGUACCCGCCGUGGUGUCGGAGGUCGGCCCGCGGGACGACACGCCGUUCGUCCUGGAGGAGUGGCGGGCGGCGCAGAGCCUGACCGACCGCCCCGUCAAGAUCACCAUCCCCGGGCCCAUGACUAUCAUAGGGUCUACGGCAAACCGUUUCUACAAAGACCGACAGGAGUUGAGCGAGGCCCUGGUGUCGAUCAUCAACCGCGAGGUGCGCGCCCUAGCGGCCGCAGGCUGUAAGUACAUCCAGAUCGAUGAACCCGUCAUGAUGCGGAACCCGGAUAUAGCAGAGGAUUAUGGGAUAGAACACGUCACUAGGUGUUUCGAGGGUCUUCCUCCUGGAGUGACUAAGGCUGUCCACGCCUGCUGUGGAUACCCAUCAUACUUGGACCAAACAGACUACCUCAAAGCGGACAGGACACUGUACGACCGACUAGCAGUGAAGUUGGAUAACGCCGGGUUCGACCAAAUCUCCAUAGAAGACGCGCACUGCCCCACAGACCUGUCGUUCCUGUCCAAGUUCAGCCGGACCACCGUGGUGCUGGGGGUGGUGGCCAUAGCCCGCAGCAGGGUGGAGACCGUGGAGGAGAUCCGGGGACGGGUUCGGGAGGCCCUGCGCUUCCUGCCGCCACACAGACUGGUGCUGGCCCCCGACUGUGGACUCGGCUUCCUGCCCAGGGACGUGCUCAGGGACAAGCUCACCAACAUGGUCGCAGCGGCAAGGACAUUUCCAGAGGCUUAAAGAACAUACUUCGAUAGAUUUUCUUACUAGGUCAACAAAUUUCAAGAAAGAUUUUUUUAAAAUAAAAGCUGCAGGACGUCUUUUUUGGGUAGAUGUGGAAAGAGUUACAGGUAUAAGACAGGAACAAGAAAAAGAUAGAAGGCAUUUAAAUCGCGUCUUCUUGCACCCAUGAUCAUAUCACAGUAAUUUUUAAGUGCCUUCCUACAAAAAGAUUUUACCUUUUUGAAACGUACUACAAUGGAUGAAUGUAUGUAUACCGUACCAAGGAAUUAGAGAAGUAAAGUGUUUAA